AUGCGCGCAGCAUACACACGUACACGUACAUGUAUGUACACUACACGUAUGGACUAGAGUGAGAACUAGGGCUACAGUACUGCAUGUUUUAGUUUACCAUUCAGAAUGAGAUUUUUGCAUGUGAAAUUCGGGACAGGUUUACCUUUGAUUUAAUAUAAUAAACCCCACUACACGUGAACACCUCACGGUUUAGUUUAAGUUUUUGUCUUGAGUGCACUGCUUGAGUGUGAUUGGCCGAGUUUGCAUAUCUGAUCCGGAAUCCACACUUUCUACGCGACGUCAGGGCUUCAGACGCCAGAUUGUAUAGACUUAGUACCUGAAUCUAGUCUGGUGACCUCUUAGGUUCCUCGAAUCAACAUUGAAUCCUUGAUUGUGCUUUAAAGUUUUACUUUUACUUGAGUGACGUUUAGGAACUGCCACAUCACAAUGGCGUGCAAAGAGUCCCAGGAGGAAGAGAAGGAAGUUUUACUGUCUAUCUAUGAUGGCGAUGAAUGCUUCAAACAGACAGAGAAUGCCUAUCAGUACAGGAUGGGUCCUGAGGGUCAUUAUAAAUCCUUCUUACUGGAGAUAAGAUGGGGAGACAAUUAUCCUGAAGAACUACCAGAUAUCAACUUGGAUGCUUUCUUCAACAAUCACUUACAGUCCGCUGUGCGCAGCAGUGUGGUUGAAAGGAUCAAGGCCGAGGCAGAGCAGUGGUUGGGUAGUGCAAUGACGUAUACGCUGUUUGAAUGGGCUAAAGAAAAUGUAGAAGACCUCAUGUCUGAACAAACGGAGAAAACUGCGCAAGUCAAGGAAGACAGGAAGAAUACUUCAGAGUCAGUCCCAGCGUCUAAGACGAAAGAGAGAAAGGAAGCACUGACCAAAGCACAGAAGAGGAAAUUGGCCAACAGAACAGAUUACAAAGGAGAGAUGCCUCGAGGCUGGGAUUGGGUGGAUAUUGUGAAGCAUCUCAGCAAGACGGGGUAUUCCAAACACCAAGAAAAUACCGACAAAACAAGCUGACAACUUGCAGUAAAUUUCGGGUUGACAUCUGGACAGUAUUGUCGACAUUUGCUCCAGGAAAGCAGUUUUAUUAAGAGAUUGGGCUGGCAGAGAGAGGUGCAUCUAGGUUCCAAUUUGCGAAGGGUUUGGGGUGGGGCGGGGAUGGGGCACUUAACUUUCAGGAGUGAGACACUGAAUGGUGUGGUCAUAGUUUCAUACGAUACAAAUCUCAUUUUUCUCAAAAUUCUGAGACAAGAAGUUAUGCCUUUGGGUAGGAAAGAGAGGUAUAGGUCCAAUUUAUCAGUACAGAAAAAGGCAGUUAUUGUACAGGAAUCACUUUCUUGCUGAAAUUUUAAUACAUGUACAUGUAUGUGCAUUAUUUCCAAGAUCUUAAAAUUUGUAUAUAAAUAUAUUAGAAUUGCAAAAAUAUCUUGUACUGAAGCUGGGGGGGGGGGGGGGGACAGGCCUCAAGUUGAUUCACAAAGUUCGUUUUUUUCUUAAGGCCACAGUUUCCUUUAUUUUCUCUCAACUCAAUGAAAACUUUAAUAAUGGUCAAAUACCAGUUUCUUGUAAUUUAAACAUAUUUAUUAAGAGAGGGAAAUACAUUUACGUUUGUACUGAAGCAAAAUAAAAUACAUGUUUUUAUUUUGAAAUUUGAACAUCAAAUUGAUGUUUGA